GAGCCCCUCUCCCUAAGAGGAUUCCAUCCUUCCACCGCCGUCUGUUGGGUCUCCCGGAGCCGAAGCGGCGGGGAAGGAGCGGGUCUGGGUGUCGCCCCCGCGACGCCUUCCUCACGGGCAAUUCAGGCUCGUUGGUGACGGUCCACUGGGACCUGGAAGGAAGCGGCACGGGCCCCCGCGGUGCUGGCGUCUGCCAGGUCCUGAAUAUGCUCCGAGUGUCCUGACGCGAUCCCGGGUUCCUCCCCAGGGCCGUUCUUCUGUAUUAUGGUGGGAGUGACCUCUCAGAAGACUAUGAAGCUACUUCCUGCCUCAAGAUGUAGAGCUACACAAAAGGUGGUUGUUGGAGAUCAUGAUGGAGUAGUUAUGUGCUUUGGCAUGAAGAAAGGAGAAGCAGUGACAGUGUUCAAGACUUUACCUGGGCAGAAGAUUGCAAGGCUGGAACUAGGAGGGGUUCUUAACACACCCCAGGAGAAAAUUUUUAUUGCUGCAGGAUCUGAGAUUAGAGGCUUCACAAAGAGAGGAAAACAGUUCCUCUCUUUUGAAACAAACCUCACUGAAAGCAUUAAAGCUAUGCACAUAUCUGGCUCAGACCUUUUUCUCAGUGCAAGUUACAUCUAUAACCAUUAUUGUGAUUGCAAAGACCAACAUUAUUACCUUUCUGGGGACAAAAUCAAUGACGUCAUCUGCCUUCCAGUGGAAAGAGUACUUCGUGAUGUUCCUGUGUUGGCCUGCCAGGACAGAGUGCUCAGAGUUUUACAGGGAUCUGAUGUGAUGUAUGAAAUUGAAGUUCCUGGCCCACCUACUGUUUUAGCACUGCACAAUGGAAAUGGCGGUGACUCUGGAGAAGACCUUUUGUUUGGAACAUCAGAUGGAAAACUUGGGCUUAUUCAAAUCACUGCUUCUAGACCAAUACACAAGUGGGAAAUUCGAAAUGAGAAGAAGAGGGGAGGUAUUUUGUGUGUUGACAGUUUUGACAUCGUAGGUGAUGGGGUUAAAGAUUUACUUGUUGGAAGAGAUGAUGGAAUGGUGGAAGUGUAUAGUUUUGAUAAUACAAAUGAGCCUGUUCUACGAUUUGAUCAGACAUUGUCUGAAAGUGUCACAUCUAUCCAGGGUGGUUGUGUAGGGAAAGAUGGCUAUGAUGAAAUCGUGAUGUCCACAUAUUCAGGCUGGGUUACAGGUCUGACAACGGAGCCUAUUCAUAAGGAAAGUGGACCAGGAGAAGAACUAAAAAUUAAUCAGGAGAUGCAGAAUAAAAUUUCUUCUUUACGGAGUGAGUUGGAACAUCUGCAAUAUAAGGUACUACAGGAAAGAGAGAAAUAUCAACAGUCUUCUCACUCAAGCAAAGCAAAAUCAGCAGUACCUUCAUUUAGUGUCAAUGACAAGUUUACAUUAAAUAAAGAUGAUGCGAGUUACAGCCUUAUUUUAGAGGUGCAGACAGCAAUAGAUAAUGUCUUAAUACAGAGCGAUGUUCCAAUAGAUUUACUUGAUGUAGAUAAGAAUUCUGCUGUUGUCAGCUUUAGCAACUGUGAUUCUGAGUCAAAUGACAACUUUCUUCUUGCCACUUACCGGUGCCAGGCAAAUACCACAAGGCUGGAACUCAAGAUUCGCUCAAUUGAAGGCCAGUAUGGAACACUUCAAGCAUAUGUGACUCCAAGAAUUCAACCCAAAACAUGUCAGGUCCGCCAGUACCUUAUCAAACCCCUUUCACUCCAUCAAAGAACUCACUCUAUUGACCAUGACAGACCCAUGAAUACACUGACUUUGACAGGCCAGUUCAGUUUUGCUGAACUUCACUCCUGGGUGGUGUUUUGCCUGCCCGAAGUUCCUGAAAAACCUCCAGCAGGAGAAUGUGUGACAUUUUACUUUCAGAACACCUUCCUGGAUACACAACUUGAAAGCACCUACAGAAAAGGCGAAGGAGUUUUUAAAUCUGACAACAUUUCUACUAUAUCCAUCCUAAAAGAUGUGCUCUCUAAAGAAGCUACAAAAAGGAAAAUUAACCUCAACAUAUCUUACGAGAUAAAUGAAGUAUCAGUCAAACACACAUUAAAGCUAAUCCACCCAAAGCUGGAGUACCAGUUGCUUUUGGCUAAGAAAGUGCAGUUAAUUGAUGCUUUAAAAGAAUUGCAGGUUCAUGAGGGAAACACAGACUUUCUGAUACCAGAAUAUCGCUGUAUUCUAGAAGAGGCAGAUCACCUACAGGAAGAAUACAAAAAGCAACCUGCACAUCUUGAAAGACUCUAUGGCAUGAUCACUGAUCUUUUCAUAGAUAAGUUCAAGUUCAAAGGCACCAAUGUGAAAACAAAAGUGCCUCUUUUACUGGAGAUUCUGGACAGUUAUGACCAAAAUGCAUUGAUUGCUUUCUUCGAUGCUGCAUGAAAUAUAAACGAGGUAAAGUUCCAAAGAAGUUGUCUGUUUAAAUGAGAAAUGUUAAAACAGAAUUACAGACUAUCUUUACAUUCUUUUAUUUCAUAUGCUUUUUAAUAUCAUCUAAAAUAUGUGAGAUUCAAUUUUUUUUAGUAAUGCUUUUUUUUGACAAGUAGAACUUUUUAAAGAUAAAGAGAAUGUUUAUUUUUAAAACAAAAGUGGAGUGAUUAUAAGGAAUUUUAAUGAAUUUUUUCAAGUGGAUGUUUUAACUUUUAGAUCUAAUACUAUUUAGAAAAUAAAAAUAUAUUCAAAUAUUUAACAAGCUAACAUGCAUAUGUAUAAACUGCUUUACAGUUUUCAAAAUGUGUUUACAAAUGUUACCUCAUUUGAUCUUCACAACACAUAUUUAUGACUAUUUUGUCAAAUCAUAUAAGAGAACUGAUUCUCAGUGGGUUGAGUGUUUGAGAGGAUAUGGUAUUAUUUUGUAAAGGUGGGACCCAAGUCCUGAUGCCUGGAUUGUGUUCUGGUCACUAUGUAUGUUGUCAACCAGGAGAAAUAACCUAUAAAUUAUUUCUUCUAGGAAUUGAGGUUGAUUUGCAGCUGAUUUCACUCUUGCCUGGUAAUGUUUUGUAACCCACGGUCCGUUUGUGUAAUACUUCAGUUGGCUUAGUGCUAUAAAUUGUGGCCAGAGAAAUCAGAAUUUGCAGUUUGAGGGGAUCUUAACUUGAUGUGCUGUAACCAAUAGGGCUAUACAAGUGUGCUAAAUGUAUACAGUGCAGAAAUAAUGCUAGCUUCUUAGGUUUUCCUAAACUAGUAUCCACUAAUUUCCUUUUUAUCGUAUACGGAGGGAAAUAAGCCAUUAAGGCUACAGAAUUUUUGUUCAUUAAUCUUAAUUCACAUUCAUUCAUAUUCAGGUGAUUGUAUUUAAAGGUUUUAAAAAUAACAUAAGGAUUUUAAUAGGAAAUAAGCAAUUUAUGUUUUCAAGAAGGGCACAGUCAUGAAUCUGUUGGAAAACAAGAAUGCUGCUUAAUUAUAUACCAUUUUGUUAGUUAUGUGCAAACCUUGUACAUUAAAUGUGAAAAUUUGUUAAAGGCACAUAUU